AAGAAAAAGAAAAAGAAAAAGAAAAAGAAAAAGAAGGUCAUCGUGAGAUAAAGGCCAGAAAGGGAGAAAGAGCACUUCGCCCAAUGAAUAGAGAGGAGGAGGAGCAGAAGAAGGGGCAAGAGGAGGAAGAGGAGCAGAAGAAGAAAGGAGGAGGGACUCCAAAUCCUCGCCUUAGACGCCUCGUAAAGCCAAAUUUACUUUAAUUCGCAAUGUUUGGGUUCCCAAGUUAGCAGCUAUUGAUAGUAAGAUAGUGCUAUUGAUCAAGACUUUUGGGAGUUGGAUUUUGGGUAUGGUUUAAGGCUGUGUCCUUCAGUAGGAAAGAUGGCCAUGACAUUCUCCUAUUCUUGUAGGAUUUUGAGGUGUGACAGCAUGUCCCUCACAUUUUUCAUGGAUACACUACAGUUCUAAUAUCCUCUCCAUUCUCUAUCUAGAUAUUGAAAUUCCAGCAAGAAUUCACGUUGAUUUUACAAUUUAACUUGCCCAUGGCCAACGAUGGAGGAGGUCAUCAAGUAGCCACCCAACGUGAGAUCGAGCUCAUGAGGCAGCAGUUAUUACCUUCCAUGUCAAAAGAUAUUGAGGCAGUAUUGAAAUUGUUGAAUGAAUCAGCAGGUGAAGAUAGUCGUAGCAUCUUCAGAGUCCCUCAAGCACUCGCCGGAGGAAUUGCCGAGGCGUCCCUGCCUCGCAUCGUCUCUAUUGGCCCGUACCACCAUGGAGAAUCGCUGCAAAUGUUUCAGGUGGACAAGUGGAGAUACCUCCACACUAUGCUGGAAAGAACUCAACCGCACGGUAUCCACCUCGAAAACCUCAUUGAUGUCGUGGCACCGAAAGAGAAAAUUAUCCGGCAGUGCUACUCGGAGAGCAUCGAGAAUUUCAAUGGACCUGAUCUUGUGAAAAUGAUGGUUCUCGAUGGAUGCUUCAUCAUUGAAUUCCUCCGUCAAAUUGCAGGAUAUGUACCGCCCGACAGAAUCCUAUUAAUCAAUUCCAAUUCAUUCGUGUUACUUUCUCUUGGACGAAAUCUUCUACGACUUGAGAACCAAAUCCCGUACUUUGUUCUUGAGGAUUUGUUUGAAAUGACGAGUGUUUCAGGAAGAACCUCGUCUUUGGACAAUCUUGCCUUUCGUUUCUUCAGCUGCUUCCUAGAAGGACCUGCUAUUGUCGGGGAAAGACCAAAAGGAGUGCAUUUACUCGAUUUAUUUCGUUUGAGUUUAAUACCCACAAAUCAACAAGAUAAUCCAGUAGACGAGAGUUCAUCUUAUCAUAUGAUCAAAUCUGCUUCCGAGUUCUGUCGAUUGGGAAUUGGAUUCAAGCGAAGUGAAGCCAGCACCUUUCUGGAGAUCAUAUUUGACAGUAGACGCAGAACCAUUGGAAUUCCAAAAAUAAAAAUAGAUCAUGAUCUCAAUUGCAUCCUUCCCAAUAUGGUUGCUUAUGAAAACUCUUACAGCUUCAUCAUUGAGUUCAUCCGUCAAAUUUCACGACCCGAACAGUUCGACGAUAUCCUAUCAAACAAUUCAUACAUGUACAUUUCUGUUGUGCAGGACCUUUCACGGCUUGAGAACCAGGUCCCUUACUUUGUUCUUGAGGAUUUGUUUGAAACAACGAAUGUUUCAAAAGAAAAGACCAGCUUGACCAUUCUUGCCGUCUCCUUCUUCGACGGCAUCAUGGAAAGAUCUGACCGUUUCUCGGAAAGAGAUAGAAAUUUUAAAGUAGUGCAUUUACUUGAUUUACUUCGCUGAGCUUAAUUACUGGGGGUCAGCAAAUCAUCGGUCCAGAAGGGAGGCGCUCGUCCUAUGAAUUGAUCGGUUCUGCUUCCGAGCUCAAUCAAGCUGGAAUUGCAUUCGCGCGGAGAGAAGCCAGCACCUUUCUCGAGAUUAAAGUUGACUCCAAAACGGGAAUCAUGCAAAUUCCAAAACUAAGAAUCGAUGACACUCUCCAAUGUAUCCUCCACAAUAUGGUUGCUUUUGAACGGUGUUUUGUCUAUUGCGACAAGCACUUGACUCCCUAUGCCAUAUUCAUGGGAUCACUCAUUGACACAGCUAACGAUGCACAACUUUCGUGUGACCAUGGCAUCAUGUGGAAUGACGGCGUGAGCAAGAAGGGUAUUGCAAGCUUCUUCCGUGAUGUUAGCAAAGACGCUGUUUGGGACGUCUCAAAGAGCUAUCUAGAGUCGGAGAUUGCAAGAGUCAACAGCUAUGUUAGGCAUCAACAGAUUCGUGUUUUCUUCACACAACUGAUAUAUACUCCCUGUCGCUACACAUGGUCGACUAUAGCUGCUGUGCUGAUGCUUACAGGUGCGAUUCAAACAGUUUACACUGUGUUGCAGUAUUACCAUCCUAGGUAGCACUAAGCGUCCAGAAGCUCCAUCUUUCGU